GCAGCCGGUGGCGAGUACCCCUCAGUCGGACCCGUACCACCACUACUUCCGGCGUCUGCUCCGCGCCCCCCCAUGUCGCUGCCGCCGUGGUACCGCCCUCUCGCGGCUGCGCAGUGGCACCAUCCCAACCGCACCGACCGGUAACCCCGCCCACGGGAAGAGGCGGGCUCGGAGGGGGAGGAGCGACUACGAGCUUCUGGGAGAAAGGACCUCUCCUGGGGUGGCGGAAGCGCUCGCCUGCUCACAGCCAACGGAGGGCUGACAUUCACGUUUCAUUCUGCCACACUCGGGAACGGUGAUCGAGGAAGCAUGGGGAUCCGGGAGAAGCACCCGCAAAACUAGCAUCCUCCUGGAGGAGCUCGGGAAUAGGAUGAGUGAUAAUCCACCCAGAAUGGAAGUGUGUCCUUAUUGUAAGAAGCCAUUUAAACGAUUAAAAUCUCACUUGCCAUACUGUAAGAUGAUAAGACCAACCAUACCUACUGAUCAAAAAGUUUAUCAGUCCAAGCCAGCUACACUCCCACGUGCUAAAAAAAUGAAAGGGCCAAUCAAAGAUUUAAUUAAAGCUAAAGGGAAAGAGUUAGAGACAGAGAAUGAAGAAAGAAAUUCUAAGUUGAUGAUGGACAAACCAGAACAGACAGUGAAGACCUUUCCACUGCCAGCUGUUGGUUUGGAAAGAGCAACUACUACAAAGGCAGAUAAAGACAUCAAGAAUCCAAUCCAACCAUCCUUCAAAAUGUUAAAAAAUACUAAGCCAAAGACUGCUUUCCAAGAAGAAACCAAGGCUCAGUUUUUUGCAUCAGAGAAAACCUCUCCUAAAAGAGAACUUGCCAAAGAUUUGCCUAAAUCAGGAGGAAGUCGAUGUAAUCCUUCAGAAGCUGGAGCGUCUUUACUGGUUGGCUCAAUAGAACCUUCUUUGUCAAAUCAAGAUAGAAAAUAUUCCUCAACUCUACCUAAUGAUGUACAAACUACCUCUGGUGAUCUGAAAUUGGACAGAAUUGAUCCUCAAAGACAGGAACGUCUGGUAAAAUUACUAGACGUGCCUACUGGUGAUUGUCAUAUUUCUCCAAAGAAUGUCAGUGAUGGGGUUAAAAGGGUAAGAACAUUAUUAAGCAAUGAGAGAAAUUCCAAAGGCAGGGAUCACCUCUCAGGAGUCCCUACUGAUGUUACAGUUACUGAGACUCCAGAAAAGAACACAGAAUCACUCAUUUUAAGCCUUAAAAUGAGCUCAUUAGAUGAAAUCCAAGUCAUGGAGAAACAAGAGAAAGGACUUACUCUUGGAGUAGAGACGUGUGGAAGCAAAGGAAAUGCAGAGAAAAGUAUGUCUGCAACAGAAAAGCAGGAAAGGACUGUCAUGAGCCAUGGCUGUGAGAACUUCAACACCAAGGAUUCAGUCACAGAAAACAAGUCUCAAGGAGAAAGACCACAUUUAAGUUUGCUCAUUCCGAGGGAGACAACUUACGAGUUUUCUGUAUCGCAGUCAAGUAGUCAAAGUCUUGCCUCUCUAGCUACAACAUUUCUUCAAGAAAAGAAAGCAGAAGCCUGGAAUCAUAAUCGUGUCCCUGAUGUAAAGGCAUUAAUGGAGAGUCCCCAUGGACAGGUGUCUCUGGAGCCCAAAUCUGAUAGUCAGUUCCAAGCAUCACACACCAGGUGCCAGAGCCCUUUAUGUUCAGCCCAGCGUCACACUCCUCAGAGCCCCUUCACCAACCACGCUGCAGCUGCUGGCAGGAAGACUCUUCUCAGCUGCAUGGGGCUGGAGUGGUUUCCAGAGCUCUAUCCUGGUUACCUUGGACUAGGGAUGUUGCCAGGGAAGCCUCAGUGUUGGAAUGCAAUGGCCCAGAAGCCACAACUUACCAGUCCCCAGGGGGAAAGACUCUCGCAAGUUUCUUUGUUGGAACGAAGCUCAACUGAUAUAAGGAGUUUGGAACCCCCUACCGGACUUACAACCUCCAACUUCUCUCUGAUGAGGCUCUUGGGAGCUGUACAAAAAGGCUGGAUCAGGUGCAACACCACCAUAAGGAAGAGUGGAGUCGGUGGCAUCACGAUGCUCUUCACAGGAUACUUUGUCCUGUGUUGUAGCUGGAGUUUCAGACGUCUGAAAAAAUUGUGCCGACCCCUGCCCUAGAAGAGCACAGUACCUCCAUGUGUUGGUGUGGCGAAGACGACGGGAUUGCCGCUCUAAAACAUGUUUGGAUUAGGAAGCACAUUUAAGUAGGAGAAGCCUUCGUGACUUCUCUCUAGUGCCUUCGUGCCCUGUGUUGCCCACUGAAUUGUCCUGUAACACCUAAGUGUAGUGGUAGCAUUAAGGGUUAGCUUUUUCAGCCCUCAAGGUUAUCAGGAACAUUUGUAUCACUGCUAUAAAUAAAGUAGUAUCACUUGUCAUAAUCAGGAUGCUAAAACAUAAUGAAAAAGUUUAACUUAGUCACAGUAAAUAUUUUAUAUCCCUGAAAGUAAGUUAUUUAAUGAGAAUAGAACUAUUUAAUGAUCCAUGAGUCUUAAAAGGAUAUCUGCCUUGUAUUGCCAAGUUUAAGGCAAAGGUGAGAUCCUGUAUUAAUAAGAAGACGGCUUUUUUCUUUAUUGGUAAGUACCAAGAAUUCUAACUCACAUAUAGUAGGAAACAACAAAAAGUCUCCACUGACUUCUUUGAAUUAGAUACCGAGAAUCCACAAAUAAAGUAGUGUGGGUAACUUUCAAGAAGCCAUUGGAAACAUCUCCACAUUCUGGAAUUACUUGUAAAUGUCUACAGAGUAAUGGAAGGAAAGGCUUGUCUGCUCAUUGCUGCCAUCUGGGUUGGGAAAAUAAUUGAAGAUUUGUUAUCAAGUCCUUCAAGAAUCUCUUCUUAAUGUUCAGAAUAGUUUAAGAGUGUUGUUGAGGUAAACUGAUUGAUAGCUGACUGAUUAUUUUCUGAGAUGUAGAUCUAAACAAACUCAGCAUGACCAGGAAGCACACUUCACAGCUCCAGGGUGCAAUACUGAUGUAAAGUUGCCUUGUGAGGGUACAUUUUUCACUCAUGUAUGCAAAAUUCCUAUCAGUUCAUUUGCACAGCCAGUUCCAAUCAUGUAUGUGAUCACCAGAUUAAAAGCUUCAUCCAGAAAGACAAGACUCCUCAGAACGAAUAGUAGACAAGUAAGACUGCUACCUGCAGAAGCCAGUACGCUUCAGGUGUGAGGCGGGGUAACUACUCAUCUCUUCGGAGCCAAGGAAAAAAAAGAACGUCUCUAACAUGAUUUACCAUUUUAAACAGCCUUAUAAGCUUUGUCUCUUAAAAUCAUGCUGCAGAAGGAGAGAGGGUAAAAGUCGUGUUCUGCCCUGUCUGUGGCAUUGGUGAGAGCCCCGCUAGGUAAGAAGCAAUGCUUAGAUCUUGCUUCCAGGCAGCAGCUUGAAUUCCCGAAUCUUCCUGCAAGGUGCAUACAAAUGCAGCAUGAGAAUCCAUACACGUAAUCCAUAUUCACCUUCCCAUCCAUCCUGCAGAAGAGGCAUGGUGACACCCAGGCUACUGUCCAUGCUUGAGAGGACGUAUUUAAAGGUUCUGUUACUAAAAGUUGGGAAUAUUCACCGGCAUGCCUGAAUACCCCGGCUGUAGCUCACACGUGGUCUGUGUAAGUGGAUUAACCUCGGGGCAGUCUUGUUUAAUCCUGAAUAAUAUCUGAAAGACUGAGUUUACUUGGGAACGUGUAGUUUUUCUAAUGCACAUUAAAAUUUAUUUUAGCUGUUAAAAAUAAAAUCAUUUUAUUAUCAGCAGACUCUUAUACUUUAUGGGGAAUCUACAUACUACUUCCGCCACUCUUCAUAAUAAAAUUAUUUGUAAAAU